AUGAAUGUACCGGAAAUUGUUGUUGAUGAAGAAAUUUUCUAUCAUGUUCGUUCUCUUCGUUUUGAAAUGGGUUGUAGCCAUACAACAUGUAGUUGUCGAAAAGUUCUUUGUCGUUUACUUAAUCAAAUGCCAUAUUUAGAAUGUUUAGAUACUCCUGAAGUCGAAUUUCUUUCUGGAUGUCCUUCAUUACCACCUAUUAAGAGACUUAUUCGAAAAGACUGCCAUGCUAAAUUAGUUAAUCUAUUGGUAAAACGUUUGCCAUAUUUGACAACACUCUUACUCAACCAUUUAAGUACAUAUCCAAAUGAAAUGUCGGAAGUUGUUGGUCCUUUAUUCAUUAAUCUUCCAUUGUUCGAAUCAAUUUCCUUUCCUUCUGGUGGUGGGUGGUGCGGGAAUGAUCGGACACCUUAUAGAAAAUAUAUUCAAGAAGCAUUGCAACUCAUACAAAAUAUGAAUAAUUCUCUCUCAAAUAUACAACUGAACUGGAAGAAUACCCAUGUAAAAAAAGUUGUGAAAAUCAUGAUUUUUAUGAGAAAUCUGAUGAGAAGUCGAUUUAAAUGGCACGAUUUUCAUAGCUUAGUAAUCGAUUAA